AUGUCGGACGAAUAUGAUGAACACGAAGGUCAGGGUUAUACCGACAACUGUGAAAGUGAGUCGGAUGGGGUGGACAUAGACUCCCCUAUUGAGAGGGUAGAUAGACCGUUAAAACGCCUUCGAAGAGGUGUUGAAGACGUUGCUGAUCCCGCCGAGCUCGAAGACUCGGUCAUUUUAGUUCGGGGCAGGAAGUCUAAAAAGAAAAUCGGGAAGGCCGGAUCUGAAGUAGUUCCGACCGAGGAGAGGGUCGAGGUUAGCCGUAAGGGUAAAGGGAAAGCUAAAGCCCCUGCUGAGAAAGUUAAGAAGGAUGAAGAGGAGUCUUUAGUUCCAUCUCGGUGUACGGAAGCUUAUCUGGCUAAGGUUAGGCGUUUGUUUGAUAUCAACGAACCGUAUGCCCUCUCUUUGGUCCCAGAGGGGGAGCUGGCCAAUGUGACGACUGCUUCCAACACUAUUACACUUUUCACCGAGCACCUGCAAUCCGGAAUUCGCUUCCCGUUGGACCCCUUGUACGAGCAGCUAAGCCAAACGUACCGAGUUCCUCUUGCCCAGCUGCAUCCCAACGCGCUGCGGCACUUUACAUGCUUUUUAGUACGCUGUAAAGCUCAUAAAAUUGUCCCCAGCGUUCGUUUAUUUGCCUGUCUCUAUAGUAUGACGCUGGUAGACAAUCAACAUUUUGCCCAUUUCCGGUUUCGUCCGUCCCGGAGUGGAUUUAUUGAGAAGGUGGUUUUAGGCAUGCAAGAUUCUUUGAAGCACUGGCGGGAAGAUUUCUUCCGAGUAACGAGGUCGGAUCAGAAGGAUUUCCUCUCUUGCAAGUUGUGGGUUAAUAAACCACAAGUGCUAGACAAGUCUUUCUUUACUCCUGGCGAUCUGGAGUACGCCAGCAUAGAUCUCCUCCACCAAGCUAACCUUGCUCGGGGGAUCCCACAUGCAAACCACCUAUUCCCUAAAUUGCCCCUUAAGUACUGGUCUAAGGAUAAGAAGGCUGUGAUGGCUAACGUGGAGAUUGAUCCCUCUAGGUUGAAGAAGAGGCCUCAGAAGAAAAAGAAGAAUGAGCCUCUUCUUGCUGCUCAAACGAAACCUGCUGCUCCGGGCAACGUGGCUCCGAGCAACUUGGCUGCUGGCCCUGCUGCUCGUGGGGUGGGACCUCCGAUCCCGGGGGGUGCAACCGGGGAGGCGCCUCCCGUUCUUUUGGCUCAACAGAGCCCGGUUCGGGUAUCUAACGAUGAUCCGGAAGGUCGGGAUUUUGUCCUUCCGGAACAUCGUAACUUGCCUGACCGGGUGUCUACCUCAGACGAGGCCAAUCAGCCUCUCCGGGUUCCGGUCAAAGAUCUUCUGCAGAUUAUCGACCUUGACCUGACCACCCUUCAGACUGAAAGGUCGGGUAAAAGAAAGAGAGAAGAUGGCAACCCGGAUGCUUCCACCUCCUCCGAGAUUCCAGUGAUAACGCCUGCGAUGUUUUUUGAUUGGAUGUCGCUGUGCUGCAUGAAGAAUCAUCUGGCUGUUACCCUGGAUACUCUACCGGUUGCUGACGAGGUAGCUCGGGUCACUACUUUCCCUGAUGACCGGGCCCUUUAUAGGCAAGCCUCUCCCCGGAAUUUUGGGGCGAUGAUCUCAUCUCUUAGCCUUAAGUCGGCUCAGGUUGGUCACCUGGUGACCGAGGCAUAUGGGAAGCUCCAUGAUGACUGGGAGGCGGUGUGCCAACAGCUGAAGGUGGAGAAAGAGCGGUUGGUUGAGGCAAAGGAGGCUCUGGAGAGGGAGAAAGGUCUGUUGAAGGAGAAAACCCAACGGGUUGAGGAACUAGAAAAGAGGACGUCGGAUGACGCUGUUAGGAUGGAGGGCCUGUCGGGUGAGGUUGCUGCUCUGACUAAAGACCGAGAUGAUUUGAAAAAAGAUUUUGAAGAGCAACUCUGCGAUAUCACCAAGAGGAACUCUAUAGCGGUCGAUCAGCUGAAGGAUGAAGUGGUGCAGCUUCGGAAGCAGGCCGAGGUGCAUGAUGAGCAAUUGAGAUCCCAACUUCUGGCGAGGGAUGAGGAAUGGGGGGUUAAGCUGACCGACAAGGAAGAUAAACUUUAUGAGAACCUUCGCCAAAUCCUUCGUGCUGGUGAGAAGAAGGUUUCAGAUGCUGCCCGAGCUCUGGGAGGGGAGAAUGUAGACUUAACCCCUUUCGAGCUCGAUAUUGAUGAGCUGAUCAAGAUUGUGCCUACUCUCCCUCCUGAGGAAGAAGAGGAUGAUUACCUCGUUUCCCCGGAGGAGGAUGAUAGGGCUCCUGGGGCGUGAUGUCGUUUAUUUUUUUUUUUUUUUUUUUUUUUUUUUUUUUUUUUUGUAAAAACAAUAUUUGUUGGAUCCCUUAGUGGGGUCCUGUUUUGAUUUUUGCAGUACGUUUAAUGAACUUUUGUAUCUUGGUUUGAA